GUUUGGAGAGGGACGGGAAGGGAGAUGGGGAUGUAUAAGAGAGGGAUGGGAUGUCGAAGGAUGGAGAUAUUCAUUCCAAAUCCACUCUCAAAUACUUCGCCUACUUCUACGAUCGCUUCCUACUCACCUGGUGUGAGCUGAGCUUUAGUUUAUUUACACUCUUUCAACACCAUCUAUCUUUAUUCUAAUAUUUUAUAUUGUUCUCCAUCGCUUUAUACAUACGUCAACAUGAAGACCUUCGCCAUCCUCUGCCUCUUGGGUGCCGCUCUCGCUGCACCGGCUCCUCAGGCUCCCAAGAUGCCUCAAGCUCCCCAGGCUCCCCAGGCUCCCCAGGCUCCUCAAGCACCUCAGGCUCCCCAAGCGCCUCAAGCUGGCCAGGGAGCUGGCGGCAACUGCGCCGACAUCCAGUCCAAGCUCGCAAAGGGCAUCCAAGCCAACCUCGACAUCCAAGCCGCCGAACUCAAAGGCGUCUACGCCCUAAAGCUCCAAGCCGGCACCGCGGGCUUCAACACAACUCAAACCUCCGUGCUCGCUAUUCAAAAGCGGGGCGUCGACAUCCGAGCCAACAACCAGAAGCUUGCCGCUCAAAUCAAGAGCCCCGCAGCUGACGGCCUGGCUAUUGUAGCUGGAGCCCAGACCAAGGAGAUUGGACAGGUGCAGAGUCUCAAGGGAACGGCCGCUGAUGCGCCGACGAUUGCUAUGUUGGUCCAGGAGGUUAUGGAUGGCACGAUGCAGAAUCAGAAGAACCUUGCUGCGGCUAAGGGACAGGUUUGUGCGAAGUAGGUGGUUAUGGGUAGGUGGUGCAUGGGACAGGG